GCAUGGCUGGCGGUGCGGUGGUGUGUUGGCGGUGUGUGAAGUCUGCUCUGUACGUGUCUCGUCUCGGCCCUUUCUUAUCUCGAAACGAAAUCUAGACGGUUACACGAUUAAAAUAUACGAUCGACGACGACGUUACGAUGUUUGCGCGUAACGCCUAAACCGGGUUACGAACGGACGAAACGAAUGUCCUUGCCUCGACGUAAGGAGGCUGUACGGAGUACCGAGAACUCGACGACAGGCACUGGUCGCUACGAACGACAAUCCGUACCUCAUCGACCGAUCUGACUGAUUUUUGAGAUCCAGUCAACGAAAACUUCCAUCAUUCCGUCAAUAACCGUGUGCCGACCCGCAGGGUGGCAAUCGUUCGAUAAGGGUUCUAUCUGCGAUAGGCUGGUUGGCCAGUCUGCUGGUGAGUGCUUGAAUAACUGCGACAACUGGAAGUUGGCCCUGAAUGCAGAGCCCCCGUGGCUUUGCUAGCACCCCCACAGUGAUCUUGUCUUAAUCCGCUUCCCCACGACUCACCCGAUUAGCAUUGACAGCUGCCUCUUUGCUGCCUAGCACCUACAGAGUACUGAUUAAUUCAAAAAGCUCAUUCAAUAUGAAGGUAACAAAUCUAGAUGAACGCAUCCAUGUAUUGGAUAGUGAGUCCAAUGUUAUGACUGUUAUCAAAGAUAUCGCAAUGAGUGGUUUACAAGAAGAAGCUUUUUACGUAUUGGAUAUAGGAGAUAUUGUACAAAAGCAUCAAAUCUGGAAAGAAAAAUUGCCACGAGUUGAGCCCUAUUAUGCUGUAAAGUGUAAUGAUAAUUUGAUGGUAAUCGAGGUAUUAGCGGCCCUUGGUGUUGGUUUUGAUUGCGCAUCUAAGAACGAGAUAAAUAAAGUACUGAGUCUUGGCGUCGAUUCUUCAAGAAUUAUUUUUGCUAAUCCAGCUAAACCAGCUUCACAUAUUCGUCAUGCUGCUGCAAUGAGAGUGGAUACUAUGACGGUAGAUAAUGAAAACGAGUUGCACAAAAUUAAAAAACUUUUUCCGACGGCUAAGAUUGUUAUACGAAUUCGUUGCGAUGCGGAAACGGCCCAGUGUCCGCUUGGCAUGAAAUUUGGCUGUGAUCCGAUACACGAGGCUCCUAGUCUUUUACGUCUUGCAUAUAUGUUGGGUCUUAACGUAGUCGGCUUUAGCUUUCACGUUGGUUCCGGAUGUCAAGAUCCGCCGAUAUACCAUUGCGCUAUUCAUCAUUGCAAGAUAUUAUUCGAUAUGGCUACCAAUCUCGGUUUUAAGCCAUAUCUUUUGGAUCUUGGUGGUGGUUAUCCAGGCGACAAAGGCACAAGCAUCGACAAAAUUGCUGAAAUUAUCAACAAAGCUCUUGAUGAAUAUUUCAAUACUGAUGCUGUUCACGUGAUUGCUGAACCGGGCCGUUUUUAUGUCGCGUCUGCGUUCACUUUGGCAACGAAUAUUCAUAGCAAACGUUCUGUACGCGGAGACGAAAAUUCUUCCAGCACUGUUACACAUAAUAUGUAUUAUAUCAACGACGGUGUUUAUGGAUCGUUCAAUUGUCUGUUGUACGAUCAUCAACAUGUGACUCCCAUUCCUCUGAAGAAUGGUUGCGGAAAGUUGAUUCCUUCGAGCAUAUGGGGACCGACGUGUGAUGGAUUGGAUAAAGUUGUCGAAAAUGUUAUGUUGCAUGAUAUGGAACUUGGCGAUUGGAUAAUUUUUGAAAACAUGGGUGCUUAUACAUUACCUGUUGCUUCUCCGUUCAAUGGAUUUCCUAUUCCUAAGGUUCACAUUGUCACUGAUGAAGAUAUUUGGCUCUUACUGAAAGAUGUUCUACCUUUAACUGAAGAUCAUUUUGUUAUUGGCAACACACCAGCUAAUUUACGACUUGGUCUAGAUAUUGGAGGAAACGAUAUCAAUCCAUGGAGAGACGCCAAUCCAACAAUGGCAUUGACAACGCCUGAAAUAUUAACGGAUACUGCUAAUAAUCCAUCACAUUUCAUCUACGAUUUUAUCGAGCCGCCGCUAAAUUAACUUUAUUAUUUCAAAAAUAUUUUGGAAUAUAUAUAUAU